CUGACCCUUGUCCAUCUCCAUAUUGUCUGAGGCCACCGCCGUCGACGUCGAUACCAAUGGGCUCAAGGCCGCCGUCGCCCCCCUUUCCCAAGGGAUAUUUCUCCUCGCCGUUCGAGCGUUUUGUACGCGACGAAGGCUUCGACCAGUGGGCUAGCGCGUUUACUCUCCUCGACACCGUUGAAACCUACUUUGACUCCCAUGUCGACCUUCUCCAACGCAAGCUACAGAAACAUAGCGACCGCCUCAAGAUGAAGGCUGAGGGGAAGUUCAAGAUCAAGGACUUGUCGGGGGAUCUGCUGGCAGAGAACCUCGACCGGGAGGUCAAGAACAUGAAGCUGAAGUUUGCCGCACGCCUAACCUCCGUCCUGGCUACAUGGCAGUCGGCUCAGGUCGUUCGAACACGAGAGAAAGUUUCGUUUUUCUUUGGCGUCAUGAAUUUGCUUGCCUCCUCAUUGAUGUUUGGACUCGCGCCUCAAUGGGUUCAUAUCUCGUACACCAUCCAAGGUCUUUAUCUGCUCCCCCUUCGGUACUACCAAUACAAGAAACGCGCAUGGCACUACUUCCUCUUCGACCUUUGCUACUACGUGACCAUCCUCAACUUUAUCUACUUUUGGAUCUUCCCUAGCAGCAAGAUGUUAUUCAUCGCCUGCUACUGCAUGUCGCACGGUUCCUUGGCAAGCGCAGUCAUUACAUGGAGGAAUAGCUUGGUGUUCCAUGACCAAGACAAAAUCACCUCGCUAUUCAUCCAUAUUUACGCGCCAUUCUCCUUCACUGUGAUUCGGCACUUUUAUCCCAACGCUGAGGACCGUUUCCCUGCACUCGCCGAAGUAACUCGCUUGGAUCCGUUGAAAGCUCUCCUGCUCAGCAGCGGUAUCUACGUGAUUUGGCAACUGCUUUACUGGAAGUUCCUCCUUGUUGACCGACGAGCAAAAAUCCAGUCCGGCCAGCGCACCACCUCUUUCUCAUGGCUUCUGAAUGAUAAGCGCGGAGUGAUCGGGCGUGUCUUGUCCAAGGUACCUCCCGACUACAGGAUUGAGUUCUUCAUGAGCGGUCAACUUGUUUAUGCUAUUUUGACUGAGCUCCCUGCCGUCUUCCUCCUGUACAACAGCGCAAUGUGGAGCGCACUCUUCCUCUUGUUCAUUUUCUCCGUGAGCGUAUGGAAUGGAGGAGGAUUCUACAUCGAAGUUUUCGGAAGAAAGUUCGAGAAGGAAGUCGAGGCGCUCAGGAAGGAAUUAGCAGAGGCCACUGCCCGUUCAUCGGGGACCUCUACACCGGGACAGAACUCUUUCCCUUCCUCACCCCACUUUGACGCCUCGGACCUUCCUUCCGACGUCGAACUUCCCGAUUCCUCUUCCACUUCACGCUCCAAUAGCGGCAGCAGUGAACCUUUGGUGACAGAAUCCAAGAAGGAUGCUUGA